CGCAGAAGUAGCAGGUCCGUUCUUCGCGGGGCCCUCAUGCAUCGGCUGGGCGCCGUGAGAGCACAUGGCCCACAGGCCAUGAGGGCGGCGCCCAGGCCUCCUUUCAGCCGGUCCUCAACUUCCUGCGCCCGCGGCUGCGACUGCCCGCCAGCGUGGCGGCGGCUCGCGGGCCUCCGGAGGUGACGCUGACCUACGCACAGAGCUUGGAUGGUUGCAUUGCUGGGCGCACUUCAGAGCGGGAGCUCAUCAGUGGCCAUGAGAGCAUGGUGAUGACUCACCACUUGCGGACCAUGCACGACGCCAUUUUGAUCGGUGUGGGCACCCUGCUCUCGGACGACCCCCGCUUGACCACGCGCCUCGUGGAGGGCCCGAGCCCCCCGGGCCGUGGUGGUGGACUCGUCCCUGCGCACGUCGGCCGCGGCGGGGCUGAAGUGGUUCGGUGCGCACCGGCCGACGGUGCUGACCACCGAAGAAGCCUUGGAGGAGAACUGGUCCCAAGUGCGCGCCUUGGAGCAGCGGGGCUGCACCGUGCUGGCGGCGCCGCGAAGCCGUUCGGGCCGGGUGGCGCUGGAAGACGGCCUUUGCCGGUUGAAGGAGGAUCUGGGCUGCCAGUCGGUGAUGGUGGAGGGUGGUCUAGCGAUGAUCGCCAGUUUCUUGGAGGAGCCAAGCUUGGUCUCCAACCUGGUCGUGACGGUGAGCCCCAAGUUCCUUGGGGGCUAUGGGCCCUCGGCCGAAUUGGUCCAGCGCCCACAGCAGAGCUUGCUAAGCAUUAAGAUGCAGAGCUGCGCAGUGGGAGAGGAUCUGGUGAUCUAUGGUGCUCCGAACACGUCGCACCUCAACGGCCACAACGGCACCGCCAGAGAAGAGCUGAAUGGUCAUGCGCCUGAGGCGACAUGCUUGUCCAGCAGCUGCCGGAUGUGGAUCGAGGCCAUCGAGUCUGAGUGUGAUCUACAGGUCUAUCGAACGCCCAAGCAGGGACAGGAGAUCGUCGCGCUGAUCAAAGGAUCCGUGGCCGGUCGUCACGAUGUGCCCGUCCGGGUCCAUUCGGAGUGCUUCACGGGGGAUGUGCUGGGCUCCAAGCGCUGCGACUGUGGACCACAGCUGAAAGGCUUUUUGGACAUCCUACAGAAGGAGGUGAAUGGCGUCUUGCUAUACAUUCGAGGGGACGAAGGCCGAGGGAUUGGCUUGGUGGAAAAGAUCCGGGCCUAUGAGCUCCAGGAGACCGGGCGACAUCGACGCCAACCUCUCGUUGGGCCACGCCGCGGACUUGCGGACCUUCGAGAGCUCCAAGGAGGUGUUGCAGCAGCUGGGCGUUCAGUCCAUCAAGCUUUACACCAACAAUCCGGAAAAGGUGGAAGCAUUAAGACCGUUGGCCCGUGAAGUGUGCCCCCUGGAGACGGUGCCGAACGAGCACAACAAGAGUUAUUUGAUGACCAAGCGGGAUCGGCUAAAUCAUAAGACCAUCCUGCGCGUGCUGCCGAGACCCACUGAAGUCCGCGCGCCGCGACCAUCCGCUGAAGUGAGCUGUGCUUCGAGCUGAGGUUGCGAAGGAAAAACGCUGAGAAGAUCAUGGGGAAGGUAUUAUAAGCGUUGAUGGCUUGGGAUUCAUCAGCGACAACUUGUAAGCCUUCCACGUUGAGAUCAGGUCGAACUCGG